AUGCACCAGCAGGCUUUGCGAUCGGCCGGCAGCCGCAUAAAGCCAGACGUCGUCGCCAUCAAGACGUGCAUCCGAACCUUUACCACCACCCAAUUGCGCGCCGCAGACGAACCCUCCUCCGGCAACAAGAGCAGUGCCAAAGCUGCCCCUUCCAAGAGAGCACCCCUAUCGACCGGACGAGAACGAUCCCGCGCCGCCGCUAGCGAGAUUGGCCAGCUUCUGAGAGGCGGGCCAAGGACCGGCGGAGCGAACAGCAAUGCGGCCGCCUCCGAGGCGGGCGCCGGGGCGGGUGCGAAGCCCAAGGUCAUUGACAUCAAGAACCGGCCCAGCCGCGGCGGACUCGGCGGUCCCGGCGGAACAAACUUUGUGAAGCUGCCGCAGGGCUUUGGGCGUGGCGGGCGCGGAGGCCCCGCCGGUAGUCGCGGGCGCAGUUUCCCCUCUGGGUUCUCGGCCGGAGGACCUGGCCGAGGCGGCUUCGGUGGCCGUGGCCGUGGUGGCCCCGGCGGACGGGGCGGUUUCGGAGCCCGUGGAGGUGGACGUGGAGGAAGCGGUGGACGCGGAGGCCGUGGCGGCGUGGGCCGCGGGGGACGCAGAAGGGAGGGCGAGGGCGAGGACGGCGCCAACGAGGCGGAGAGGAAGGCCGACCGCGCCUCGGCGUACGAGCGCUUCUUCCGCCCCGAGACGGCCGAGGAGCACACCUACGUCCGGGCGCGCGACCAGGGGUUCCUGCCCGAGCCGUUCAAGCCCUCGGUGAGCGUCGAGGGGCUGCUGGGCUUCGUCCCGUCCAUGCCGAUCGCCAGCUCGUCUUCGGCCGUCGCCGCCCCCGGCGCCGUCAUGACCUCCCUCCGCGAGGUGGCGGGCGGCAAGCACUACACGCCCGACUACUGGUCCGACACGCAGCACACGGCGUCGGAGCUCGCGUUCCGCGGCAAGGGGACCUACUUCUUCAGCGACCUCGCCGAGAAGGACAAGUUCGUCCACGACGUGCGGACGACGCCCGAGGACGCGGCGAGCACCGACGUCAACGCCGUGCGGGCCGCCAAGCUCGAGGAGGGCGCCGGCAAGGCCGUCAGGGAGUACGUCGUCGACCGCGUCGUCAAGGGGCAGCACACGCCCGCCAAGUUUGUGGAGCGGGGCAGCCGGGACCCGGUCAGCAUGGCGAGGGAGUCGCAUCUGCUCAACGAGACGUACGGCGCGGGCGACGCGCGCAAGUUUGACGGCAAGAUUGCGGCGUUGGUCGCCAAGGGGAAGCCCACUGCCGGGGGCAAGGCCGCGAGGGCUUGA